AUGAGAGACAUAUGUGUGAGGGAAGCAGAGGAACUGUUGGGAAAAGCAGGCGGAUAUGGAGUGUUGAGAGGAGAAAAGUGGUGGUGGAAUGGAGAGGUGCAAGAAUCAAUUAAAAGAAAAUCAAAACAUUCAUGGACUGGAAAGGGAAUUAAACUAACAGAGCAGGGAUUGAAAUGUUUAGAGAGAGUACAGGAUGGGAGAUUAAGAGAUAUUGUAAAGAUCAGGAAACUGCAGUAUGGAUUCAUGAGAGGAAGAGGGAUGGUGGAUGCCAUCUUCAUAAUGCUACUGAUGAGUUUAGAAAUGUCCAAAAUUAGUUAUUAUGCCUUAGGUUCCAACUCCUUUUAUGACCUUUAUGCCCGAAUUGCUAAUGACCUGGACUCUCACUCGAAAGACCAGAGUCCGAUCCCGUGGAUGGUAUCUAUGUUAGAGGCCUCUGGAUUCGACAACUUCAACAACCCUCUCCAUUAUCAGAGUAAAGAGCUCGGGGGAAGGCAGGACUUGGCGAUGUUCCGCCUUAAGAGCGGUAAUCCUGCGUCUUGGGUCUGUACAGCGGACCACCUUGAAAAGGCCAAUGACAAAGUGUCAAGGCGAGAAAAAUGGAGAUGUUUGAGGGAGAAGAUGGUGUCGGAAAAGUAUGUCAGAGUUAUUCAGGAGAUGUACAGGAAUGUGUAUACUAGAGUGAGAAGCAGUGUUGCUGAGACAGAUGGAUUUGAGAUAGGAGUUGGAUUACAUCAGGGGUCGGCACUUAGCUUAUUCAUCUUCAACAUCGUGAUAGAUGUAAUGACCAAGGAUGUUAGAGAAGCAGUGUCAUAG